AUGAGCGCGGCGAAGGUAGUAGCGGCGACGAUCCGGCUCAGGGUUCCCGCCGGCGGGGCUCGGCCGGCGCCUCCGGUGGGUCCGGCGCUGGGUCAGUACCGGCUGAAUCUAAUGGCGUUCUGCAAGGACUUCAACGCGCGGACGCAGAAGUACAAGCCCGAAACUCCCAUGGCCGUAACGAUAACGGCGUACAAGGAUAACACGUUCGAGUUCACCGUCAAGUCGCCGUCGGUUUCGUGGUACCUGAAGAAAGCCGCCGGGGUGGAAUCUGGCAGCAGCCGCCCCGGUCACGUGACCGCGUCCACGCUCUCGGUUCGGCACGUGUUCGAAAUCGCGAAGGCGAAGCAAUCCGACCCGUACCUCCAGAACAUGCCGCUGGAAUCCAUUUCCAAGUCCAUUAUAGGAACUGCGAAUAGCAUGGGGAUUAAGAUCGUCAAGGACCUCGAUUGA